AUGCCGCGCUUCUUGAACACCUGGACGGGCGAAUUCGAGUGGCACAAUCAUCCGGAAGAGAUCGUAUACGCCAUUCUCUCACAUACCUGGCGAUCCGACGCGGAGGGUGGCGAGCAGUCCUACGAGGAUGUCCGCGCGCUUCAAGCUGCGGCUUUCGAAGAUCUUCGGAAACGGAAAACCGCUGGCGUCUGCAAGGUCGCCCGCGAGGCUGGUAUUCGGCUUGUAUGGAACGAUGCGUGCUGCAUCGACAAGUCGAGUAGCGCCGAGCUCUCCGAGGCGAUCAACUCGAUGUACGAGCUGUAUAGGCUCUCACAAGUUUGCUAUGUCUACCUCGAAGACGUCCCCGACGGCGUUGAACCCAGAAACCGGUUCUCGUGCUUCUGGAGGAGUAGAUGGCACACGCGCGGUUGGACGCUGCAGGAGCUCAUCGCGCCGGAGGCCGUCGAGUUCCUAACGAACACCUGGCACUUGCUAGGCACGAAGAUGGGGCUCGCCGUGACGCUGGAGGAGAUCACUGGGAUCGACUUCAAGAUUCUCACAGGCCAGACUACUGUGCACUCGGCUAGUGUCGCGCGGAGGAUGUCCUGGGCUUCGCGCCGAGAGACGACGCGCAUUGAGGACCGGGCGUACUCUCUCAUGGGCAUCUUCGGCAUCCACUUGUCUCCCAUCUAUGGCGAGGGCCACAACGCGUUUCUCCGUCUCCAGGAGGAGAUCGUCAGGACCAUCCCCGAUCAAAGCAUCCUCGCAUGG